AUGUCGAAGGUGACAGGAUUUGUCCAAACUGUUCUAAUUCACCAUAAGACAAUGGUUCAGAUGUUAUCCGACGACGAUAAUCACCACCGGACCAAGCCAAAAUGAGACGAGCCUACAACACCUAGAGUUCUUACCAUCUUGUCUUGUGUACUAGAGAAGUUAGUGGCAUGUAAUGACCAGCUAGUUCUAGGCUAGGCAAGGCUAGGUUCGACUCGGCUCGGGAGGAGCUUGAACGCCUUCCAUGGCGUGAGAGCACCGAAUAUUACGAUUCUAAAUUAUAUAGAGCGAAUAUACGAAUACACGAAUUGUAGCCCGUCGUGUUUCGUGUUAGGCUAUGUGUAUAUAGAUAGAUUGGUGCAUAAGUAUCCCGACUCGCUCUUGUUGUCACUUAAUGUUCAUAGAUUGGCUACAAGUGUUAUGGUGGCUUCCAAGAUUCUCGACGACGUGCACUAUAACAUUAAUGCAUUUUAUGUCCAUGUUGGUGGAGUGACCAAUACAGAACUAAACAGGCUCAAAAUUGAGCUACUUUUCCUGUUAGAUUUCGGAGUAACAGUAAGCUCUCGAGUAUUCGAAAGCUAUUGCCAGUACUUGGAGAAGGAAAUGUUGUGUACUAAUGCAACACGGAUGAUUGAAAGGCUAGCAAUUUCCAAUUCUACUGAUGAUGUUAAUGAAAUAUCUGUUGAAGAUACACAAACUUCUUCACCACUACAGAUUUUGAUGCAGUCCCAAUCAGAAAUCUCACUCACACUUUAA